AGCCAGCUAGCUAACGACACAAUUAUCAUAACAGAUUGCACUCAGAUUAACGUUUUAUAAUAUAAUAUUUAUACAACUUCACCACGGAAUUUGCUAGCUAUUGGCACGCGCUGAUACUUAACUUACUCUGAAUUGGUAGUAUGACAGCGUUAGCUUGAAUACUAGCUAUUUGGCCAUGCAUGUUUAUUGGUUUUUGCUUGUAGUAUAACUAGCCAAGUUACCGAGACAUCAGUUUAGCUUGCUACUAUCGAAAGGUCAAGUUUGGGGCGUAAACGGAUAUCUACACGGUCCCAUGUGUUAUACGUUUAAUUAAAAGGAAGAUGAACUAGUUAUGAAAGUUAAUUAUUGCUUGUGAAUAAAGCUUGACAGCUGUCUGAUGCAUCAGUUUGCCAGAAUCUAUACUGAACAAAAAUAUAAACGUAACUAUUAACGAUUUCUCUUAGUUACAGUUCAUAUAAGGAAAUCAGUCAAUUUAAAUAAAUACAUUUGGCCCUAUCUAUGGAUUUUACAUGACGAGGCAGGGGUGCAGCCAUGUGUGGGCCUGGGAGGGCAUAGGCUACCCACUUGAGAUCCAGGACCAGCCAAUCAAAAUGUGUUUUUCCCCACAAAAGGGCUUUAUUACAGACAAAAAUACUUCUCAGUUUCAUCAGCUGUCGGGGUGGCUGGUAUCAGACAAUCCCACAGGUGAAGAAGCCGGAUGUGGAGGUCCUGGGCUGGCAUGGUUACACGUGGUCUGUGGUUGUGAGGCCGGUUGGACAUACUGCCAAGUUCUCUAAAAUUACAUUGGAAGCGGCUUAUGGUAGAGAAAUUAACAUACAAUUCCCUGGCAAGAGCUCUAUUGGACAUUCCUGCAGUCCAAAUGCCAAUUUCACGCUCCCUCAAAACUUGCAAUAUCUGUGGCACUGUAUUGGGUGACAAAAAUGCACAUUUUAGAGUGACCUUUUAUUGUCCCCAGUACAAGGUGCACCUGUGUAAUUAUCAUGCUGCAUAAUCAGCUUCUUGAUAUGCCACACCUGUCAGGUGGAUGGAUUAUAUUGACAAAGGAGAAAUGCUCACUAACAGGGAAGUAAACAAAAUUUGAGAUAAACAUUUUUUUGGUGCAUUUAAAACAUUUCUGGGAUCUUUUAUUUCAGCUCAUGAAACAUGGGACCAGGACUUUACAUGUUGCGUUUAUAUUUUUGUUCAGUGUAUAAUGAAACCUGAGUUUCCUUCAUUUAAUACAUAUACUAAAACCCAAAACUAUUUAUCAUGAGGGGAAUUCCAUUUGCUCAUGAUUUUAUUUUUAUAUAUAAUUUUUUCAUGUACCUUGGCAGUCGGAAGGUAGACAAGGUGACAGAUACAGAGGGAGAAAGAGUAUAGGGAGCAAGGUGGAAUUUGGAACCCCGUCACUAGCUUGCAUGUGUGGUCUGGAGUCUGCCGGACUAACUAGACCAGACUCCGGCACCCAUUUGCUCAUGUUUUCCGUCAGUGAAAUGAUCCCCUCUUUCUCUUCCCCAUCUCUCCUAGGCUGAUCGACCCAUUUGAUCAGCUCCUGGUGGAACAUCGUCAUGACCUGACGAAUUGUCCCUUUCCUAUUUAAUCAUGAAUGACAAGCUGGUUUUUCUGGGUCUCCUGUACUUUGUGCAGGGGAUCCCCUAUGGUCUCCAGUCCUUGUUGCUCCCUGUCUACCUCCGUGGGGCGGGCCACUCCCUCACCCACAUCGGCUUGACCAAAAUCCUCUACUUCCCCUGGGUGCUCAAGGUCCUCUGGGCACCUCUGGUGGACCGUGUGGGCACCAAGCGGCGCUGGCUGGUGGCCACGGUCUCUGGCCUGGCGCUUACUUGUCUCUCCAGUGCCGCUCUGGCCCCGGAGGCCCACAUCUGGGGAGUGGUGGGGACUCUGCUGGCCAUGAACGCCCUGGCAUCGAUUCAGGACAUCACAGUGGAUGGGGCUGCUGUGGGACUGCUGAAGGGCCGUAGCGAGCUGGGCCUGGGCAACAUGGCUCAGGUGGUGGGCUACAAGGCCGGCUCGGUGUUCGCCGGGGGCGGGCUCCUGGCUGUGAUUGACGUGGCCGGGUGGGGCCCUAUGUUUAUGCUGUUGGCCUUUGUGUACUUCGGGGUGGCACUGUUUGUGUUGGGGGCCCCCGUGCUGGACAAUGAGCUGUUGAGGGGCCAGGCAGAGGGGAGGAAGGGGGUCCAGUCGGACGCUGUGCAUCCCUGGAGGGUGUGGCGGAAGCUGCUGUCAGUACCUGGGACGCCCUGGACCAUGAUCUACGUUCUCACAUACAAACUGGGUGAGCAGGGUGCGGUGACCAUGUUCCCUCUCUUCCUUUUGGACCAUCACAUGACAGCCCGGGAGCUGGGGUUCUGGAACGGCAUGAUCGCCAUGUGCUUCUCAAUCUGUGGCUCCUCCCUCGGUGGCCUGCUGCUCUCCCAGUUCAGUAUUGGCUCUCUGAUGAGGCGUGUGUUUGUGAUGCGGACUGUCAGUAUGGUGUUCCAGAGCUCCCUCCUGACCGUGCUGGAACCUUCCCCGCUCAUGAAAGGUAUGGCCGUGUUGAGUUUGAGCAUUCAGCACUUCCUGGGAGGCCUCAUCACAACGCUCACUUUCACAACCAUGAUGCACUGCACACAGAGAGCGGAGGAGAGUGUACAGGCCACCCACUACAGUUUCCUGUCCACUCUGGAGGUACUGGGGAAGCUGAUGUUCGGUGCCCUGGCAGGGGGCCUGGUGGACUGGGUGGGUUUCCCCACUGCCUUCCUCUUUUUCCUGGUCCUCUCUGCCGGAACAGCCCUCCACAUCUGGAAGGCCACAGACACAGGGGCCCUCAGGGAACAGCCCAAGUGAUCAGCUUUUUGUUCUAGCCCUUACUAACACAUCAGAUCAAGCUACUCAAAGGGUCGAUAAUCAGUUGACUCGUUGAACAAGCUGUGUGAUUGUAGGGUUGGAACAAAAACCUCCACACCCUAUAGGUUUCCAGGACUAGGGAUGGUGAUCACUGAGAUUGAGGAGGAGGAGGAAGUAGUGUGUUGCAUGAGUGCGAAGCAAAUUCUGUCGUACGUCGGCGUCCUAGAAAAACUCUGUAUCUCAAUUUUUUUAAACAUAAAUUGAAAGUUUCACAGAACAUUCCACUCCAUGUUCUGUGAAAGAUUAAUGAAUCUAGUACUAUUAUAAGUAAUUCAAAAAGCCAUGUGAAUUCCCAUUAAUAUAUGGCAACAACAACAUUGUUUCAGAUUCCUCAAAAGUAAACUUUUUUAUACAAGAUUUUUCCAGGACACUGAUUAGUAGCUAUAUUGAGUUGGGGGAUUGGAUCAGUAGCAUAAGGGAUAGGGAGGACAAUAAAUGGGAAAACUGUUGAGGGUUUGUUGGAGGACAUACAGUACUAUCUGAGCCAUUUUCAUAUUUGCCAAGGCUGCAGUAAAAUGUAGUCCAGCAGUUAUACUUAGUCAUUGAUUAGCCUGCGAUGAAGGUUAUAUAUGUCAUAUCAGUUUCCUUUUUGAACUUGUUCUGUGGUGACGUUUAUGAAUGAAUCCCUACUACCUCUUAUCAACACUGUAAGAUACGCAGAAGAGUCUAGUGAGCAGUAGAAUACAACAUUUGCUAGCUAGUGUGCAAUUUUGAUUAGAAUUUUGAACCAUUACUCUGCUAGCCUAGGUUAGUUGUUAGCGCAAUUAGAGAACCAGGUCAGAUUUUAUUUAUAUAGUUUGGAUUUUCCAUCUGUAGAUGCUCUACAGAUGGUCAUACUAUCAACAAACUAUCUGUUGAUAAGCAACUGCUUGCUAUGGUUAUUGUUAGGUUUAGGGUUAAGGUUAGGGUACGUUCUAAGCUUAGGGUUAUUAUUAAGUUUAGGGUUACAGCUAGGGUUAGUAGAUAGUUAGUUGAAAUGUUACUCAAUGGUCUAUCUCUACAGAUGGACUAUCCAAAUAAAGUAUUACAGAGAACAGCACUGUAGCCUUACAUUUUGUAUGGGGGUUAGUUUUACAAGAUUGGCAAAAAAAAAUAUGAAAAAACAAUAUUUAUAUGUAAUUUUACAUAGAUGCUGGUUGAUUUACUACCUGAUGAUAUUGUUUGUUUGAGUUGUUAAGUAAUGUGUUGAAUACCAUCUGGCUUUUGUUUACCGUAUCACACAUUGUGAUGGCUGAAUUACAAUACAACAGAUAGUCACAGGGAUGACAAUCACAGGGGACAAGUCAAAGGGAUGACAGUUCAGAGGUGGCAUAGUGACACUAGGCCUAGGCAGUUUCAGAUAGAACCAGAGCAGCCAUGUUAUGAACUGUCAUGAUCAGCAAGGUCACUUUGACCAAUACAGCCAAGUCCACGCUAAUGUAAAGCACCUGUUGCAAAGCACACCCCUGCCUCUGACACAUGCUGAGAGAUUGUCAUAAAAUAAAGCUGCUACCCAAAUGUCA